UGACAGAAUUAGAAAUUUAUGGAAACGAAUUUCACAUUAUGGGCCCACCACUUCAUGUUGUGAUCGAAGCCUUCCUGCACCUGGUAGCUGGACUGAACAUGAUUUAUAUUUGCUAUUCGGCACCUGCUCAAGGCCUUAUGGAUGAGGCUAAUCGUGUCGGCAGGAGCAUAUAUUUUUCGGGAUGGUACGAUUUCCCUUCUGACUCAAAGGACGUGGUGACGUUUCUCAUUCGCACCCAGAAAACCUGCGAAGUUUCUGCGGGCGGCAUAGUUCGUAUUGACAUGGAGAUGUUUAUGGCGGUGUUAUAAGCCCGAGUGGUUGCCAAGAUUUGUCUUGCUGAUAAUACAGGACAGUGCUUGCAUAGGGGCAACGACAAGUCUGUG